GGGAUGGAGGGACGGAGGGAGGCGGAGCGAGGCUUUUACUACGUUGUGUGUGUCGAGGAGGCUGGCAGUGAGGAGGAGAGUACCGGAGAGGAUGCUGGAUGCUGAGACGGAGCUGCUGCCGUUACACUUUGUGUCACACUGAAGCAAGAAAAAAAAAAGAACAACACCACAUCUGUCCGAAAGCCUCAGGAUUAGGUGGACGAUGAACAUGCCUGGCGGCCUCCCAGCGGAGGAGCUCACGGAUGAGGAGAAGGAGAUCAUCAACAGUGUGCUGGCUCGUGCUGCCAUGAUGGAGACCAUGGAGCAGGAGAGGAUUGAGCGUCUUUCCAGUCGCCUGGAUAAUAUCAAGAAGACGGCGUGUGGUGAUGGCCAGUCGCACUGUUUGUUGUGUGGGGCGUCGUUUGGACCACAGGGGGUCACAGCUGUCCUCUGUGUGGAGUGCAAGAAGCACAUGUGCAGCAAAUGUGGGAUUUGGAGCAACAGCAGGUCGAGUCCUGUGUGGCUGUGCAGAAUCUGCAACGAACACAAAGAGGUACAGAAGCGUUCAGGUGCUUGGUUCUUCAAAGGGCGAGGACAGCAGGGUCUGCCUCCUCCCCUCGCUCUGUCCGGACCUCGACUGUCCAGCACCGAGAACAGGCUGACUCCAGGAGGCCACGAUGGAUCGCAGGAACCGACGACACAUCCUCAGCAAAAUGAGUCACAGCAGCCUUCCCGUGGAUCAGAACAAUGGGAGCCGACAGCAGGAACAACAGCUGACAGCUGUAAUGAGGGUCAGUCCUCUCCAGCAGCUGUAAUGAAGACUGAGCGACAUGUGUUGGCCUCCAAACCGCCGCGGGCAAACGCGCAGCAGGCCGCCCCCACCUCAGCUCCGGCUGCAGAUGUGGAAACCAAAGAAGACUCACCUCCAGCUGUGGAGGUAAAAAGACAAGCUGUCGUCUCACACAUUCCCACGACUAAGAUGAUCCCACCUGUUAACCCACCGGUCAACAACCCUGCUCCUCCACGACCUCCACCAGAUCGAACGGAGGACGAGGACAUCGACUACGACUCAGAUGACGCCACCACUCUGGGAUCUCUGGAGUUCAGUCUGCUUUACGCACAGGAGAGCCACGCCCUGCACUGCUGCAUCGUUAAAGCAAAGGGUCUGAAGCCGAUGGACUCAAACGGACUCGCUGACCCGUAUGUGAAGCUGCACCUCUUACCUGGAGCCAGUAAGUCCAACAAGCUUCGUACCAAGACCCUCAAAAACACUCUGAACCCGGUCUGGAAUGAGACUCUGGUCUACCACGGGAUCACCGAUGACGAAAUGUCGCGCAAGACUCUCCGGCUGUCGGUGAGUGACGAGGACAAGUUUGGACACAAUGAAUUCAUAGGAGAGACACGAGUCGCCCUGAAGAAACUGAAGUUUGACCAGAAGAAGAACUUCAGCGUUUGUUUAGAGCGAGUGAUCCCGGUGAAGAAGGCUGUAGGAGGACCGGCCCGAGGCAUGGCUCUCUAUGAGGAUGACCCGAAUGAAGGUGAGGAUUCAGAGGAGAGGGGUCGCAUCCUGGUGUCGCUGAUGUACAGCAGCCAGCAGAGUCGUCUGAUCGUGGGCGUGGUCCGAUGCGCUCACCUGGCUGCCAUGGACUCCAAUGGAUACUCGGACCCGUUCGUCAAAGUAUGUCUGAAGCCCGAUAUGGGGAAGAAGGCUAAAAACAAGACACAGAUAAAAAAGAAGACCCUCAAUCCAGAGUUCAACGAGGAGUUCGGUUAUGAAAUAAAGCACGGCGAGUUAGCCAAGAAAACCCUCGACAUCUCGGUCUGGGACUACGACAUGGGAAAGUCCAACGAUUUCAUUGGAGGAUGUCAGCUGGGCAUCCAGGCUAAAGGAGAGUGUCUGAAGCACUGGUACGAAUGCCUCAAGAACAAAGACAAGAAGAUCGAGCGUUGGCACGUUCUGCUAAACGACAACACCGCCCAGUUUGAGGAUUGAACUCGUCGUCCUCUCUAUCUAUGUAUUUUUUUCUUUCUCUGUCGUUCUCCCUGUAGAAUGUUGUCUUCCAGUGAGCACCGGUAGACACGUAUUAUCCUCUUGCUUUUAACGUAGUUUGUCCCAAAGUGCAAUGUGCGAGCUACACUUCCAACAGUUUUCAAGUGACCAACAUGGAUGUUGACCUUGGGGGAGGGAUCUUUGUAAAAAGGAGUGAUCCCUAAACAAAAUCAUACCACUCUCAUUUUGCCAUAUCAUAAACUGUACCAUAUAAUAAACAAACCGUAUCUGACAGGCGGUAAUGACUGAAGUUGGGUGAUUAUCACAUUUUAUGGAGCAGAUAAAACCCUCGUUAUCAUCAUCAGUAUGUUGUAAAAGACGUGUGCCUCCAUGCUCGGACCCAACACAGGGGAUAUUCCCAGGUUUUAUGUCCAUGACCUCUUUCCCUCCCAUGUUCAUCUGUGCUCCUGUCAUAUGAGAUCAUGUAUCGGCUGAUCCGUGUGACCACGUUGCUCGAGUGCUUGCAUCACCAAAACAUUAACUUCACUAGUGUUGGUGUAAUAAUUACCGUGCAUCAUGCAUAUGUUAAAUAUUAAAUGGGACACUUAAAGAUGUUCGGUUGCUGACUCGCUCUUUUGCUGUUGAUGUGACUUUUUUUUUUGCCUUUUUGAUACAGAUAACACGACAGUCUCUUCAUCAUCACUGCAUCACCUUCACCUGUGCAUGGAGGAAAGGCCUAAAAUGCUUGAAAGAAAUGCAUGGAGAGCAGAUUUGGUUAUGCAAUGCGAGCUAAACUCCCAGAAGAUUCAUGUAAUAUUCACCCAGAGAUAUAUUUGAUCGCUAAAUUUGAAUGUCAGGUUAUCGGAUCAACAUUUUUGCUCUCUGUAUUCAUGUCGAUGCAUGUCUGGACUCAUGUUGUAGAAUACACGUGGCUAAUAAAUAAAGACAU